UGGGGAAAUGUGCCGAGGGGCUCGGGCUCCGCAGGGCCAGUCCCGGCGACACAGCCACCAGCGCCCAGAGCGGAUCGGCUCGCGGAUCAGCACUCCCGCUCUGCGCCCGCCGGCUCUCCCCGGAGCGAGGCGGAACAAGGCGGGAGCUGGACCUGCAGGUGGGGCCGCCAGCGCGGGGCGCCGGCCGAGCUGGGGACAGCCGCUAGGUGCCAGCAAGCCGAGCUGGCGGAUUGCAGGAUUGCAGCGGGAAAGCAAAGCCACAGCCAUCCCCCACAUGUGCGUCACCAAAGAUGACAAGAUAAACUAUGAUGGCUUAACCUGAACUCUUCGUCACUAUUGAAAAACUCAAACAUUCUGCACACCGAAGAGACUGCGCUGGUAGCUCUGCAUCAAUGUGGAAAGAUAAUGCGCCUUUCAGCUGAAGGAUGUCACAGUGGACCCUUUGCCUCCAGGACCCAUUAAGGUGAGAAUAAGAUCUCUGGUUGGUUGGGACGAGCCAAAGACUGCAAGGCAGCCAUGGAUGUGGCCUAUGACCUACUCAACAGCAGCCAACCACUGCUUUCCUCUCAAUUCGACCUCAACGGCUCCGUGGCGGCAGCCAACAGCUCGAACCAGACAGAGCCGUACUACGACCUGACCAGCAAUGCAGUCCUCACGUUCAUCUAUUUCGUGGUCUGCAUUGUGGGCUUGUGUGGCAACACGCUGGUCAUUUAUGUCAUCCUCCGCUAUGCCAAGAUGAAGACCAUCACCAACAUUUAUAUCCUCAACCUGGCCAUCGCGGAUGAGCUCUUCAUGCUGGGUCUGCCCUUCCUGGCCAUGCAGGUGGCGCUGGUCCACUGGCCCUUCGGCAAGGCCAUCUGCCGGGUGGUCAUGACUGUGGAUGGCAUCAAUCAGUUCACCAGCAUCUUCUGCUUGACGGUCAUGAGCAUCGACCGGUACCUGGCUGUCGUCCACCCCAUCAAGUCGGCCAAGUGGAGGAGACCCCGGACGGCCAAGAUGAUCAAUGUGGCCGUCUGGGGGCUCUCUUUGCUGGUCAUCUUGCCCAUCAUGAUCUAUGCGGGGCUUCGGAGCAACCAGUGGGGAAAGAGCAGCUGCACCAUUAACUGGCCGGGUGAAUCUGGGGCGUGGUACACAGGGUUCAUUAUCUACGCCUUCAUCCUGGGGUUCCUGGCGCCCCUCACCAUCAUUUGUCUUUGCUACCUGUUCAUCAUCAUCAAGGUGAAGUCCUCGGGAAUCCGCGUGGGCUCCUCCAAGAGGAAAAAGUCGGAGAAGAAGGUGACCCGGAUGGUGUCCGUGGUGGUGGCCGUCUUCAUUUUCUGCUGGCUCCCUUUCUACAUAUUCAACGUCUCCUCCGUCUCCGUGGCCAUCGAUCCCACGCCGGCCCUCAAAGGCAUGUUUGACUUCGUUGUGAUCCUCACCUAUGCCAACAGCUGUGCCAAUCCCAUCCUGUACGCCUUCCUGUCUGACAACUUCAAGAAGAGCUUCCAGAACGUCCUCUGCUUGGUCAAGGUGAGUGGCACAGACGAUGGGGAACGGAGUGACAGUAAGCAGGACAAAUCCCGACUGAAUGAGACCACGGAGACCCAGAGAACCCUCCUCAAUGGAGACCUCCAGACCAGUAUCUGAACCGCCAGAAAAAUAAAUGUAUGGCCAAGCUCUGCCCACUGGCGCUGGGCUCCCUCCCCCUACCCACUUCCUUUCUGCCGCCCAUCACACCUGGCUUCUAGAAUAGGGAAUUGUUUAGCAUGAGUCCAAUUCAGAGAGCAGUGCUUGAGUCAGCUUGUCUGAAUGAAUGAUUUGUAUUAAAUUGAUUGACUCCCUCUUAAAGGGAACAUUUCAAUGCAAACAGACAAUUCAAAGUCUAGAAAAGAUAUGAGCAGGCCUUUGAGAUGUGGAAGCUCAAAAAAAGAUAGAAAACUGUAUCUGUGUGUUUGUGUGUUUGAGACCCAAAAUGUAAUCGUGUGUUCUCACAUUUAUACCUGUAUAUUCCCAUCUGGUUCCUGUACAAUCGUGACCUGUAUUUCCUGUGUUCAUAUACGCGAGUAGCAAAUCCACACGUGUACAGUACAGAUGGACACUUACUACAACCUGGAACCCGCAGCCAUGGGCUAUCUACGAAGCCAAUAAAGUUUAAGCGUCAGGGAUCUCGCUGGCUUGGGUGGUAUGUUCACAUGACCAUAUGUUUUUAUUAAAAGUUAUCAAGGAA